CCUUUUGGAAUAAUCAAACUAGUACCAAGAAUCAUUUAACUUUCCUAAAGCAAUGGCUUUUAAACUGAUGCAAGUAUGUUUCUUGGUCUCUCUAAUUCUAUCAAUAUGUUUUUCCAUCGCUCUUUCUCGUCCACUCGACAAUGAACUCAUCAUGCAAAAGAGGCACAUCGAGUGGAUGACUAAACACGGCCGCGUUUACGCGGAUAUGAAGGAGAAAAACAAUCGCUACGCUGUGUUCAAAAGCAACGUUGAACGUAUUGAACUCUUGAACAGCAUGCCUGCCGGUAGAACGUUCAAACUUGCGGUAAAUCAGUUUGCUGAUUUAACCAAUGACGAGUUCCGUUCAAUGUACACUGGUUAUAAAGGAGUCUCGACUUUGCCUAGCCUAGGCCAAACUAAAACGAGGGCGUUUAGGUACCAAAACGUUUCUUCUGGUAGUUUGCCCAUCUCUGUUGAUUGGAGGACGAAAGGAGCUGUGACCCCUAUCAAGGAUCAGCGCAGUUGCGGAUGUUGUUGGGCGUUUUCAGCGGUUGCGGCUAUUGAAGGAGCAGCUCAGAUAAAGAAAGGCAAACUUAUCUCUUUGUCUGAACAACAACUUGUGGACUGCGACACAAACGAUUUUGGCUGCGACGGCGGUUUAAUGGACACCGCGUUCGAGCAUAUAAAGGCGACCGGCGGUUUAACAACCGAAUCAAAUUAUCCUUACAAAGGAGAAGAUGGUACUUGCAAUUCCAAAAAGACCAACCCGAAAGCAACUUCUAUCACAGGUUAUGAGGAUGUUCCGGCUAACGACGAAAACGCACUGAUGAAGGCAGUGGCACACCAACCAGUUAGCGUUGGAAUCGAAGGAGGUGGUUUUGAUUUCCAAUUCUACUCGUCUGGUGUGUUCACUGGAGAGUGCACUACGUAUCUUGAUCACGCAGUGACUGCUAUCGGAUACGGUGAAUCUACGAACGGAUCAAAGUAUUGGAUCAUCAAGAAUUCUUGGGGAACAAAGUGGGGAGAGAGUGGAUACAUGAGGAUUCAAAAAGAUGUCAAGGCUAAAGAAGGAUUAUGUGGUCUUGCCAUGAAAGCUUCUUACCCUACCCUAUGAUAUCAAAUCCGGUUCAGUACCCGGUUAUGCUUUUAAUUGUGUAUUUGCGUGUGCGAUAUGAUUUAUGUCUAUAAAUAAUGUGAAUAGUUUGUGUAAGAAAAAAUUAUAUUCAGAAUUUCAGAUGGUUGGUUGUAUGCAUUUUGUGAAAUUGUAAUUACGUUUAUCAUGUGAUGCAGAAAGAUUUGAUAAUA